UGUUUGGGGAAACAAACCUGGCCUCCUCACUUCUGCUGCGUACGUAGGUUGUCAAUAUUGCGGGGAAGUGUUGUUAAAGCGAUUCGUUUGGAAUUCGGUUAACACACUUGAGAAGAAUGGGCAGUUCGAGUAAAGAAGGAUAUGGCUGCGCUGUCUUUGCUACAGCAAUCAGUUUUAUAGCCAUCUUCAUUUCUACAGCUUGUCUUGUACAGGUUUUCUUUCUUCCUCCUCCGUGCGCACAGUGCAGCUGCCCUGAAGAUGGAAGGACAGAUGAAUUACGCAAUCGAACGGCAGAAAUGGCGAGGAUUACGAUCAAAGCUGCACCAGAAAAGAAAACCAUUACGAAGACGCGAAAGGACGUGAGCAAAACUGUUGAGCAAACGGCUAAGGAAGCCAGAGUGAGAAAGCGCAGACAGACAACACAAACCGCACAAGGACAAGACAAUAACGGUAACACUGCUUUUGGGGGUUAUCUGCACAACGCCAUUUUGCGGCUGCAACAGCAAAUGAUCGUGGUACAAGGCAGGACUCAAUACUUGCAAGACACCUAUACGAAUAAACGAUUUCAAUCAGCGCCGCGCGGACCUCCCGGGCAACCGGGUAUGCCAGGUAGAGAUGGCACUGACGGGAGGCCAGGAAUGGAUGGUCCUACGGGGAUCCCUGGCAGAGAUGGACCCCAGGGGAAGGAUGGUCACCCUGGAUCACCCGGAGCCCCCGGACCCCCGGGGGUAAAUGGUCUUCCUGGCCAUCGAGGAGAAACGGGCUUUAAAGGAGAGAAAGGCGAACCUGGAAAACAAGGCGAUCGCGGUUUAGGGGGAUUGAAGGGAAACAGGGGAGCUGCCGGAAUACCGGGCGAGAAUGGCGAGCCAGGAAUCCCUGGAAGGGCAGGAAAUAAGGGGAACAAGGGAGAGGCUGGCGAGGCUACUUGCUAUGUCACGGAGAGGGGCCGGCGAGUGGAGAAGUCUUGCGUCGAGGCGGCGACAUACGAGGAACUUGGCAGGGACGUAGCCGGGAAUGACGGGGUAGGACUCACCUACACCCGAUGGGGGAGAACCACAUGCCCCGUAGGAGGUGCUACGAUAGUUUACUCAGGUCAAGCUGCGGGCACAGGCCAGGGUAAAGAUCGAACUGGGGGAUCUCCUUUCAUCUGUGUACCUAACCAGCCUUGGUACUUUGGCCAGGUGGAUCCCAGCACUCCGCUGGCCAACGUCUCGCAGGCGAAUCUCAACGCACUGAAACAGGACCAAACAAGAAGCACACUGCACGGCACCUACUUCUACCUGUCAUGCGUGCUGUGCCUGGUCAGGAGGCGCAGCGUACAGAUCAUGCUGCCGGCCCGUAAGGAAUGCUAUCGGGGGUGGCACCGGGAGUAUGAUGGCUACCUGGCGGUGCAGUCUAAUCGGAAAGAUCAUAAGGACGUCAUCUGCAUCGACAGGGAGUCUAGAGGACUCCUGCAGGAGGCCACUUACGUCCGAGGGCUUUUUGCGAGCUGCCAAACGUUUUCCUGUCCGCCGUAUGUUGAAACUGAGAGACUUCCGUGCGUGGUUUGUACCAUUUGAGAUGCAAAUCACUGUCAUGGACAAAUAGGGCGCUCUGGCUUUGCUAGUAAAUGUGAGCUGACUUUAUUUCA